UCACCUAGCGGAAGUUUUGAAAACUACGUUCUAUUUAUAAGUCGAUCUCCAUCAGCUGAUCACGCCGUUCCUUUAGCGAAUUGCCGAAGUAAAAAAACCCUCUUGUUAACUGGUUAUGGCGGCUCCUAUUGCGAAAUCCAACCUAGUGAUGUUAAAGAACGCUUUCAAAUAUGUUGGACUUCGAGGAAUAUCGACCUCUCGGCCAGCCUCUGCACAGCUGACGGUGAGAGAUGCCCUGAAUUCAGCCAUAGAUGAGGAAAUGGAGAGAGAUGAACGAGUCUUCAUUUUGGGUGAAGAAGUUGCUCAGUAUGAUGGAGCCUACAAGAUUUCCAGAGGAUUGUGGAAGAAGUAUGGAGACAAACGUGUCAUAGAUACUCCCAUUACCGAAAUGGGCUUUGCCGGAAUUGCCACUGGUGCAGCCAUGGCAGGACUGAGACCGAUUUGUGAAUUCAUGACCUGGAAUUUCUCUAUGCAAGCAAUUGAUCAUGUGAUAAACUCUGCUGCAAAAACAUUCUACAUGUCAGCUGGUAUGGUCAAUGUACCCAUUGUCUUCAGAGGACCUAAUGGGGCUGCAGCUGGAGUUGCCGCCCAACACUCACAGUGCUUUGGUGCGUGGUACAGUCACUGUCCCGGCCUAAAGGUCAUUGCUCCAUAUUCUGCUGAGGAUGCUAAAGGCCUAUUGAAAGCUGCCAUCCGGGAUCCUGACCCUGUCGUGUGUCUAGAAAAUGAAAUCAUGUACGGAACUGCAUUUGAUGUGUCUGACGAAGUUUUGUCAAAGGAUUUCAUCUUGCCUAUUGGCAAAGCUAAAAUCGAACGCGCCGGAAAGCACAUCACUUUGGUUGCCUUCUCGCGCGCAGUUGCCACUUGCUUGGAUGCCGCAAAAGAGCUAAGCACAAUUGGCAUCGAGGCGGAGGUAAUCAACCUACGAAGCUUAAGACCAUUAGAUUUCGACACCGUCAUGGAAUCCGUGAAAAAAACAAAUCACCUCGUCUCCGUUGAACACGGCUGGCCUCAGUCAGGAGUAGGGGCGGAAAUUGUAUCUCGAAUGGUUGAAGGUCCGGGAUUUUACCACCUCGAUGCCCCGCCAGUCCGAGUGACCGGUGCUGAUAUCCCGAUGCCCUACGCCAAAACUCUUGAAGAUCAUUCUCUACCACAAGGAAAAGACGUGGUGCGAGUUGUCAAGAAACUUCUGAACGUGCAAUAGUUGGAUACAAUUCGACACACCAGUGAGACAAGACCAACAUCAAAAUUUCCUAGAUCUUGUAUUAUUCUCUCUCCCUCUUUUCUUCGAUCGUGCCGAUGUGUAAAUCUUGAUGGGUAGUCUGAAGAAUCUUCAACUCGAAAAUUUCGAGUUGAAAAACUGUUAA